CCCAUCUUCUCUCCUCUCCUCUCCUCUAUUUUGUGUACAGACCACCUGUGUAUGCCCGCAUGAACAAAACGACAAAAAUGCCCUCGCCCAUGCGUCCAGCACUUCUCCUUGUUUGUCUUUCCUUCUGCCUACUCAUCAUCUCAGUUAGCCACGCUGACCACUCCCCUCGUCCCUCUCCCCCUCUGCCUCUCUGCUUUUCGACUAUAUACAGAACCCUCGUUCAAUAAUGCCCACUGUCCACAUCGGUCUCAAGAGAGCUCAGACAGAGAAUCGAUUCCCCUUCAAGCGGGUGAAGAACUCUUGAAGCGAGCGGAGAAACAAACCCUUUGGACGACGACGGGGGGCAGGGGUCUACAUGACACGAAGCAACCAUCGUUUCCUCCGCCUUGCCCUCACAUCCACAUCACUGCCUCAUUGCCCUUACUUACCGGAUCAUCGGUGAUGUCCUCCACCGCUCGCCCAGCAGGAAGCUCAAAGACGUAUUCCUGGAACAGCAGCCGGGCCUUGAUGUCCUCGCGUGUGGUCGGGUCCUUGGGCCAUUGCGGCUUGAUCAAGCCGCCUUGCGGGAUGGCCCAGACGAUGCGCCAGGUCUUCCUGCCAUCCCCGAUCGCUGGGCUUGUCCUCAAGUUGUCGAUCAACGUUUGGUCGAAUCCACUGGCUGAGUAGUCGCUGUCGGCGGUCACUUUGAAGAGGUAGAUAACGUCCUCAGCGCUGUCGAUGUACAGCGAGUCGAUGGUCGUCCACUUCUUGGACACAGGCACCCAGAAGCCAGGCUCGUGCACGUUGGCAUAGGGCCUCUUCUGGUCUCUGUUGCGAGAAAACAGACGAGGCUCACUGUCCUGCUGGGUGCUGUCCAGUGAUACCCGGAUCACACCCCUCAGCUUGUCCUGCGGCGUCUGCAUCCUUGACGCUCGAGAGCUCCUGUCCAUACGUGAAACAUGAUGGCUGAGGGGCUCCAGAGUUAUCGGGCGCCUGGUCCUUGCCAGAAACUCAUGGACGAGGCCCUCAAACAGUUUUUCUUUGCCGACGAUCUUUCUGGGGUCCAUGAUGAUGUCGAGCUCAUCUUUCAGCUCCUGCUUGGUCAGCUUCCGGAUGAACUCGCCGAGGAUAUAAGACGAGCGCCAGACGACGUUCCCAAAGGUGUAGGGGCCGUGGGUACCGGGAUCGAGCGACAUGAGAACGGUCUCAGGGAACUUGUCAGCUACGGCACCCCUUGGGGCUUCUCCCCUCCAUCGUCGGGCGUCUUCAUACUUCAUAAAGGCAACGGCGAGUUUCACAUCCUUCUUGAGCGAAGACAGAGGCCGCAGGUAAUCGUGAAUGAUACCACCCGCAUAGCGGCGCUUGUUAUCCAUCUGGUCGAGCCACUCGGUGCCCUCAAGGGCCUCAGAAACCUCCUCCUCAGUCCAGGUGGGCAUGAGCAGAUUGAGUGUGAGCUCUUUCUUGAAAUCGUUGUAAUUAUCAUGGCGCGCCGAUGCAGCCAGCAAGGCGCUGCCCGGCCACGCACCAAACAGGCCACCUUCGAAGCCUGCACCACACACACACACACAACAAAAACACACAAAGAGAGAGAGAGUGUGUCACUCUCAUACAGGCAGGCGUGCAGCCCCGUUCCCUCCCGCCCCGAGCUAACCGUCGAUCAGUAGCCAGUCGCGCCGUAAUGAGUCCAGCGGCUGCGUCUUUUGUAACUGGCGCAGCGUCUUUAGCGGGUCGAGAACGAUGGCAAAGCCGUCCUUCGACAGCUCAUACACGUUCUGGUCGACAUUCGAUGUCCUGAAUGAAAACCAGAAGGAGCGGGCAGGUCACAUCACGUCUGGCCGCCAGCAAAUCUGUGCUCACUGACCUCUUGGAGUUGUCCACGAACCAGAUCUUGAAGUUCUUGCCUCGGUGCAUCUCGCCUUUCAGCACGGCCAAGAAAAAGAGAAGAAACCAAGACAAGCCGACGCCCGGUGAGCCACGCAGCAGAACGUUGAAGUACUUCCCCGUCUUCCUGUUCAAGUUAUUAUGCCUGUCCAUAAUGAUCUUGGCGAUGUCAACAUAGGCCUUGCGGACCAACAACUUCUGCUCCUCCGUGAGUGGCAGCGUGAUUGGUGCUGCCUCGAGGUUGAUGGGAUCCACUGACUCCCAGUAUGGUUCAAGUUCGAGUCCGACCCUGAAAACCGGCGGUAUGGCUUCGGCGAAGGCCUGCAAGUCAGACAGACAGACAAGACGAAUGCACAGAAAUACACUCAUCAUGCCCAGCUGUGUCGGUCACUUACGUACCUCUCCCUCUGGCUCCUCUGCGUGAAGGGCAGUCGCCCUCUGCACGUGGCGAUGAGUCGGGCGUUCCUGGCGAGCCGCCAGGGCAAUCUGAAACGUGAGACGAGCCGAUUGGCGCACGCCAGCCACCGUAUGAGCGAGGGCAAGGCACGCAGUCAGGAGAAGGGAAAGCGCAGAUGCCAUAGCUCUGACCUCUGAAUGCAGAGAAAGCGCACAACACGACAUCUGGCAUGAGAUGUCAUUCAUCGAGGCGCAGAUCUCCUCACCAAUUGCGUCCACCCAGAACGACACGGCGACGACGCCGAUGAGUGAAAGAACCACGUGAGGGAAGGGAGGAGAUGGGAGGCGAGCCGACGUACAACUGACUGUGAUCUAGGGUUUUUGAAGGGUUGAGGGUUCGGGCCACAAAGAGUGACGAAAGGGGACACGUGAAGCAUGGGACUGCUUGUGAGUCAGCAGCACACACAAGCAUCGACCCGUCCACCCACCGACGGCAUGCCUUCCUUGCACUGCACCACAUUGCUGAGUGCAUUCAUUGUGUGUAUGUCUGCAGCAGCAGCAGUUAGGCAGGCUAACCACUCCCCCCUCCCUCUCCCUUGCUUGAUCUCCCUCUGGCUGGGAUCAGAUCCCCCGUUUUACUCUCUCUGCCUCUCUCUCUCUCUGCCUUUCGACUGUACACCCCCGUCAGUCAGCCCAUUAGUCAAGCCAUCAAUGAUACACCACAGCAGCACAGCAGAGAAAGAG